AUGGAUAUUGAUCACGUUCCCACCGACGCCAGAUCCAAGGAGGUUGUUCGUCUUUGGCGAGCAUGGAGGACCAUCCAUGAGAUGGUCGCGGACCGAGAAUACGAGCUUGCUGAAGAGGAAGUCAAGAUCUCUCUCGACCGCUUCCGCGACGAAUACUGCAACCCCGACGGCUCCAUCAACCGCGCCAAGCUUCAAUUCUCGGCGCGUCCCAGCGAGAACAUGAUCCGCAAAAACACACCUCCCGUGACAGCAGCCAACCCCAACCCCAACCCCGGCGCCGACUGUGGUCCUGUCUGGGUUGAGUUCCUCGCCGAUAAGACCUUCGGCGUCAACCAGAUCCGACAAUUUGCCAAAUAUGUGAUCACGAACAACUACAAGACUGGCAUCAUGGUAACACACGUUCCUCUCUCACCCGCCGCCCGCAAGACUCUCCAGAGUGUCGAGUCCGUCGCUAAGAUCGAGUGCUUCCUCGAGGAUGAUCUUCUUGUCAACAUUACCCACCACGAGCUUGUUCCCAAGCACGUCUUGCUUUCUCGCGAGGAGAAGCUCGCUCUUCUCAAGCGCUAUCGCCUCAAGGAGACCCAACUACCACGUAUUUUACAAAAGGACCCUGUUGCUCGUUACUUGGGUUUGAAGCGGGGCCAAGUCGUCAAGAUUAUCCGAAACAGUGAAACUGCUGGUCGUUAUGCCAGUUAUAGAUUGUGUGUAUAG